AUGGUUGGCCUUGCCGGCUCCAGACGGAUAGUGGCACCCCUUUUCGUUCUGACCGGUAUGUUCAUGUUGAAAAAGGCCAGCAACAAACUCUCCCUGUGGGCACACAAUAACUACAUGUCGGACAAGACGUGGGACUGGGGAAAGGAGUUAGUCGUUAUAACCGGCGGUUGUGGUGGGAUUGGUGCACUGGUUGUUUCCCAGUUGGCUGCAAAGAACAUCAAAGUGGUGAUACUUGACAUUGUUGAGCCAAAGACUAAAUUAGAAGCGAAUUGUGUCUUCUACAAAGUCGACAUAACUUCCAACGAGGAGAUCCAUGCCACUGCAGAGAAGAUCCGCGCGGAACAUGGAGAUCCCACGGUCCUGAUCAACAAUGCCGGAUUUGGCACCGCGACCCCUCUGCUUCAGAUCUCGGAGAACAUGAUUCGAAAGGCAUUCGAUGUAAAUAUCGUUUCCCAUUUCCUGUUAGUGAAGGAAUUUCUGCCCGCCAUGGUGGACCGAAACCACGGCCACAUCGUCACAGUAGCGAGCAUGGGAAGCUUCAUGACCCAGGCUUCCAACGUGGACUACGCCUGCACCAAAGCUGCAACCUUGGCUUUCCACGAAGGUAUCAACCAAGAAUUGAAAAUUCUCUACAAGGCGCCAUCAGUUCGGACGACCAUUAUUCAUCCCAGCUGGGUACGGACUCCCAUGACUAGCAAAUUGAGCAACAACCCGGCAUUCAAAGACUCAAUUCUCGAGCCAGAAGACGUUGCGCAUGCAAUUGUCAGCCAGAUAUUGUCCGGGUACGGAGCGCAGAUUAUUCUGCCCGCGAGUGGUUCCUGGGUUUCCAGCGUUAGAGGGUUCCCACUGUGGCUACAAGAAAAGCUCCGCACUCAGGUUUCGUUGGUCUUAACAGACGCAAUGAAGAGGUAG